AGGAGCAUCAGUGUCAUGGUAGCGAUGUGAGGUGGGGAGUGCGCUGCUGUGGAUGCUGUUAUUCUUCUCCUUUGCUGUGUGUGUGAUGAGGGAUGUUUUGAGAUGAUGAUGAUGAUGAUGAGUGGCCGCCAUGCACCUGCUCAUCACCUUCUUAAUUGCCCACCUGUGCUUACCGGCCGCAGAGGGCUACCCAGAAUUGCUGUUUGCUAAUCGUAAGGACAUCCGAAUCAUUGAAGUUGGGAAGGAGAGACACCAGGUUAUUGUCAAGGAUGUGACGGAUGCAGCUUGUGUGGACUACUACUAUGAAGGACAGUUGGUGUGCUGGACAGACAUCGACAAUGAGCUUAUCAAGUGUGUGCAGGUCAACAGUACCCAGGCAGCCAAGGACCAUACCCAGGUGACGGUGAUCUCCCGGGGCAUUGUGUCCCCGGAUGGGUUGGCGGUGGACUGGCUGGGGCGGAAGCUGUAUUGGACAGAUUCGGACACCAACAAAAUCGAGGUGGCCGGCCUGUACAACGCUGCCCAUCGCCGGGUCCUCUUCUGGCGGGACCUCGACCAGCCCAGAGCCAUCGCCUUGGUGCCCUCAGAGGGGCUAAUGUUCUGGACCGACUGGGGAGAGAACCCUAAGAUAGAGAGGGCCGGCAUGAACGGGGACGCCGCCACUCGCACCGUCAUCGUCAGGGAGGAAAUAUUCUGGCCCAACGGUCUCACCAUCGACACUGCUCGCCGCGUUAUCUUCUGGGCCGAUGCUAAGCUGUCCUAUAUCGCCUCGGUCGACUUUGAUGGCCGGCGCAGGAAGAAGGUGGUCCAGGAGAAACUGCCCCACCCGUUCGCCCUCACCUAUUUCAACCACACCCUGUACUGGACCGACUGGGAGACUCGAGCCAUCCACUACUGCACCAUUGGCGACACGCGCACAUGCCAGGAGCAACACCAGCUGGGCGCAGGACUGUCCCCGAUGUACCUCCAUGUAUACGACCCGGCCCAGCAGCCCCCCGCGGACACCCCAUGCCAGCGGAAUGGGGGGUGUAGCCAUCUGUGCCUGGCCGCCCCGCCCCCCACACACUACUCCUGCGCUUGCCCCACUGGUGUUAAAUUGAUCGACAAGUUUAAUUGUUCGGAUGGGCCAGAGGAGAUGUUGAUCCUGGCGCGGCGUACAGACUUAAGGCGCAUCUCCCUGGACACACCCGACCAUACAGCUGUCGUCAUCCCUGUGUCGGGUGUGAGGCAUGCCAUCGCAGUGGAUUAUGACCCCUGUGAAGGAUUCGUGUACUGGACUGACGAUGAGGUGGAGUGCAUUCAGCGGUCACGUCUGGAUGGCACACAGCAGGAGGUGGUGGUGUCCCGGGAGGUGCGUAACCCUGAUGGUGUUGCCGUUGACUGGGUGGCGCGGAACCUGUACUGGACUGACACAGGGCCGGACCGGAUAGAGGUGGCCAGGCUCAAUGGGACGUCCAGGAAGAUCCUCAUCACGGACAGCCUGGACGAGCCUAGAGCCAUCGCCAUAGACCCGGACGAGGGGCUGAUGUUCUGGACAGACUGGGGGAGCCACCCUAAGAUAGAGAGGGCAGCACUGGACGGCACCAUGAGGGAGCUGGUGGUGGGCACUGACCUGGGCUGGCCAAAUGGUGUUGUCAUUGAUGCUAAGCUGAGGAGAAUCUUCUGGUGUGAUGCCAAGAUGGAUGUUAUUGAGACAUCAUCGCUGGACGGGUCAGAGCGGCGAGUCGUGUUGAGUGACCGGCUGCCUCACGUCUUUGGUCUCUCCCUCCUUGGUGACCACAUCUACUGGACCGACUGGCAGAGACGCAGCAUUGAGAGGGUCAACAAACUCACCGGAGGGGAGCGGGAGGUGAUAGUGGAGCAGCUGCCGGACCUGAUGGGGCUGAAGGCUGUCAGUAUUCACCAGGGGCAGGGCCGGAACCCAUGCAGGGAAAACAAUGGGGGCUGUUCUCACCUGUGCCUUAAUAGACCCACCAACUACACCUGUGGCUGCCCCAUAGGGUAUGACCUGACCCAGAACGGGCGUCAGUGUGUGGUGCCAGAAGCCUUCCUGCUGUACACUCGCAAGGAGGACAUUAGACGCAUCUCCCUCCUCACCUCUCACAAUGUGCCCAUCCCUGUCACCGGCAUUCAGGAGGCUGUGGCCAUCGACUUUGACAGCAUUGACAACCGGCUGUACUGGACGGACAUCAGCGUCAAGUCCAUCUCCCGCGCCUUCAUGAACGGGUCGCAGGUGGAGCCAGUGGUGGAGUUUGGCCUGGCUUACCCUGAGGGAAUGGCCGUCGACUGGCUGGCUCGCAACAUUUACUGGGCUGACAUGGGGAACAAUAGGAUCGAGGUGGCACGUCUUGAUGGCAGCUCGCGACGUGUUUUGCUGUGGCAGAAUAUCGCUAACCCAAAGUCGCUGGCCCUCGACCCAGGCCAGGGAUACAUGUACUGGUCAGAGUGGAGGAAGGAGCAACCGAGCAUCUCCCACGCACACCUGGACGCCUCGCAGCCCACCGUCAUCGUCACCAAGAUGGGGCGCAGCAACGGCCUCACCAUUGACUUCAAGGACAGGCGACUCUACUGGACUGACAUUGACAACUUCCUUAUUGAGAGCAGCGACCUUAAUGGAUAUAACAGAGAGGUGAUCGUCCGAGACCUGCCACAGCCGUACGGUCUGACCCUGUAUGAGAACUAUGUGUACUGGGCGGACUGGAAGACUGGCACCAUUGAAAGGGCCAACAAGACCAGGGGGGAGAACAGGACCAGGAUACAGAGCCAGCUGGACUACAUAAUGGACAUCCUGGUGUUCCACUCGUCACGGCAGAGCGGCAAGAACGGGUGCUCUCACAACAAUGGGGGCUGUUCUCACCUGUGCCUGGCUGUCCCUCACCACCACAACGCCACACACAACCACACCUGCGCCUGCCCCACCCACUACACCCUCGACACUGAUGGUCUAACGUGCAGGGCACCCUCGUCAUUCCUCCUGUUUAGCCAGAAGACAGAGGUGAGCCGGCUUGUCGAGGAGAGCGGAGAAUGCCCCACACUAAUCCUCGCCAUUCACAACAUGAGAAAUGUGCGUGCCAUAGACUUUGACCCUUUGGAGGAGACCGUUUACUGGGUGGAGGGGAGAGGUCACACCAUCCGAAGGGCUCACCAGAACGGGUCACAUGGUCAGCUGUUUGUGACCAAUGAUAUGGAGAAGAUUUAUCCCUAUGACUUGGCGCUGGACCCGUUCUCGAGGCUGCUGGUGUGGUCCUGUGCCCGCAGUAAUGUUAUUAAUGCCACCAGGCUGGACCGAACGCAGCUUGGCGGAAUAGUGGGCCAGGGGGGACAGGACCAGCCACGAGCCUUAGCCAUUCACUCCAUCCUUGGCCUGCUCUUCUUCACAAACAUGGUGUCCCCGGCGAGGAUAGAGCGGUGUGGCCUGGACGGGAGGGGCCGGCAGGUGGUGGUGGCAGAGGGUCUAGUUACUCCAUCCGCCCUCACUGUUGAUGUGGAAGAUGAUCUCGGUGACGACUUUAUCUUCUGGAUGGAUACAGCGAGCAAACGGAUCGAAACGUCAAAUUUGGAUGGGCAAAACCGCAAGGUGUUGGUGGACGAGGGUCUGGGCCAGCCGGUAGGGUUGGCGGUCCAUGGUUCGUUCCUGUACUGGGUGGACCGAGAACUGUCCCACAUUGGCAGGGUCCACAAGUUUACCGGCCAGCAGAGAGUUAUUCAAGGUCGUACUCCAUACCUCUCCGAUAUCAUUGCUGUGUCGCCAUUCUUGUCCCAGCAAAUGCACAGCCACCCCUGCCACAACGGGAGUGAAUGCAGCCACCUCUGUUUGGAGAGGGAGGGGCGGCAAGUGUGCUCUUGUCCAGCUGGCCGGGUACUGGCGGAUGACCUCAAGACUUGCAUUCUGCCACCCAGCUGUAAACCAGAGGAAUUUAGGUGUCACUCUGGAUCAGUCGACUGUAUUCCUAUCAAGUGGAGGUGUGAUGGACAGACAGAGUGUACAGACAAGAGUGAUGAGCUUAACUGCCCAGUCCUGCCCAUCUGCCAGCCUUCCCAGUUCAGAUGCGUCAACAGUCAGUGUAUUGAGAAGGCGUGGGUGUGUGACGGGCAGCGUCAGUGCAGCGACGGCAGUGACGAGGUUGGCUGCUGCGGGGCGGGGCAGGUGCUGUGUGUGUCCUCCGGGAACUGUGUGGACACCGCUGCCCAGUGCUCAGGGGCGGCUCGGCGGCCCUGCCCCGAUGCCCCGGACCUGGCCCUGUGCUCCACUUGGGUGACGGCACCGCCAGAGCCCCCUGGUGCCGGGGGUGGGCGGGCACCAUACAUAGUGGGUGUGGUGGCGUCGGUGGUGGUGCUGGCGGGGGUGGCGGCGCUGCUGGUGUACUACCGCCGCCGCCGCCUACUGGAGGACCAUGAGCUGGAGCCCCACCCUAAGCCUGGCCCUGCCCCCCAGGCCCUGGCCCCAGUCCCGUCCCGCCAGUACCGCCUGGUGAUGACCUCCUGGGGCAAGUCCUACGCCCCCAUGGUAGGCCCCGAGGGUGCUGGUGGGGAGGCGCGCCAGCCACUGGGUGGUGGGGCGGGACAAGUGUGCCGGGUGGUGCCAGGGGCGGGAGAGGCGCGGGGCGGCGUGUACGAGGCAGCCCCGGCCACUGGGGCGUCCUCCUCCUCCUCCUCCAUGACACACUAUCCCAGAGAGACCCUCAACCCCCCUCCCACCCCUGUGGCGGAGGGGCGGGGGGUGCGGUGUCCCGAGCACCACUGCUGCUACAACCCCCACCACGCUCCACCCUCCACCCUCCACUCCUACCGCCACUACAAGACCCGGAACCGCCCUCCGCCCCCCACCCCCUGCUCCACCGACGUGUGCGACUCCGACGUGUACUCCAGUGCACUCUCUCCCCGGCCCCGCUGCUACACCCCCUCGCCCCCACACACUACCACUCCUACCCCCAUGACAGACUACGACUCAGAUCCCCACCCCCCGCCCACCCCUCAGAUGCCAUACAUGUGUGAGCUGGCCUCCUGCAGACCCCCACCACCUCCUGCCCCCUCACCCUCCACUGAGAGGUCCUUCUGCAACCGUGCUCCCUCUCCCCCCCCUCCCUCACCCAUCACCUCAGACUAACACCACCACCACCACCACCACCACCACCAUUAU